CCUCCACGCCCGCGGAAGUGCCGGGGAGGUGGGCAGGGCGGGGAGGGAGAGGGAGCGAGGCUGGAGGAGGGCACGUCGGCGCCUCGGCGAGGAUGGGAGUCCCGAGGACCCGGAGCUGAGCAGCCUGGCGCGCGGCGGGCAGGGCGCGCAGGAGGACAGAAGCCUCGCUGUUCCUCCGGGAGCCCAACACCGUUCCCGCGCGGCCACGAUGAUCCCUCCGAGCGGCCCCCGCGAGGACGGCGUGGACGGGCUGCCCAAGGAGGCGGUGGGCGCCGAGCUACCGCCCUCUCCUGCAUCCACCAGCAGCCAGGAAUCCAAGCUCCAGAAACUAAAACGAUCACUUUCUUUCAAGACCAAGAGUUUACGGAGCAAAAGUGCUGACAACUUCUUCCAGCGAACCAACAGCGAAGACACGAAACUGCAAGCACACAUGGUGGCUGAGAUCAGCCCCAGCUCCAGCCCACUCCCUGCUCCAGGAAGCCUGACGUCCACACCCGCCAGGGCUGGCCUGCAUCCAGGUGGCAAGGCUCAUGCCUUUCAGGAAUACAUCUUCAAGAAGCCCACUUUCUGUGAAGUCUGCAACCACAUGAUAGUGGGAACAAAUGCUAAGCAUGGACUGCGCUGCAAAGCCUGUAAGAUGAGCAUCCACCACAAGUGCACAGAUGGCCUGGCACCCCAGCGGUGCAUGGGCAAGCUGCCAAAGGGGUUUCGGCGUUACUACAGCUCCCCCUUGCUCAUUCAUGAACAGUUUGGCUGCAUUAAAGAAGUUAUGCCCAUUGCCUGUGGCAAUAAGGUGGACCCUGUCUACGAGACCCUCCGCUUUGGCACCUCCCUGGCCCAGAGGACAAAGAAGGGCAGCUCCGGCAGUGGCUCUGACUCACCUCACAGAACCUCUACUUCAGAUCUUGUGGAGGUUCCUGAGGAAGCCAAUGGGCCAGGAGGCGGGUAUGACCUAAGGAAACGCAGCAACAGCGUGUUUACAUAUCCAGAAAAUGGCACUGAUGAUUUCAGAGAUUCAGCGAAGAACAUAAACCACCAGGGAUCUCUUUCCAAAGACCCAUUACAGAUGAACACCUACGUUGCCUUGUACAAAUUUGUACCACAGGAGAAUGAAGAUUUGGAAAUGAGGCCAGGAGACAUAAUUACUCUUUUAGAGGAUUCCAAUGAAGACUGGUGGAAAGGGAAAAUUCAAGACAGAAUUGGCUUCUUUCCAGCCAACUUUGUUCAGAGACUACAACAAAAUGAGAAGAUUUUUAGAUGUGUUAGAACCUUCAUUGGGUGUAAAGAACAGGGGCAGAUAACACUGAAAGAGAAUCAGAGCCCUUGUUUCCAAAUACAAUUAAGUUAUCCAUUUGUUAUGAACACAAUGAGAGUUUGCAUUGACACAAAUCUGCGUGAGUUCUGAAGAAGAACAAGAUGGCUUUAUCAGAGUCCUCAGUGGAAAAAAGAAAGGCCUCAUCCCCCUUGAUGUACUAGAAAACAUCUGAUUGCUGGCUCAUCCUCCACUUGCAGUAGGCAAGCUCUGCUGCAAUGCCUCUGCCUCAUCUCACACUGCGUCAACCCAAAGGAGCUGCCGCACUGACCCAGCCCCCCAGGAAACAGUGAGACAAGAAUCAAGUAUCUGAGACUGUGGAGUAACAGCCACAAAACAGAGGGCCCACUGCACAGCAUAUCCAGGCUGCCACAGGUGGGGACGAGGCUGAGAGAGUCAGCAGGCAGAGCCAGAUGCCAUGCUUGGCAGCAGCAGUAGGACUGUAAACCACAGCUAUCUCCCAGGAUCCCACUCCUUUCCUGUCUGUGUGGUGUAAGUUAACACACUGGAGUGUGCUCCAGUUUGCAGGGUAGCCCAGUGCAAGGUUCAGAUCCAUGUAGCCAAGUAUUAUCCUGGUUCCAGACCUAUGUCACCAGUACCAAUCAGUCAGUGUCAUCACAUUUCAGGCCCCAAGCAAUCUCUGUGCAAAGCAUCAGAAAGGCCUGCUUCCCAGACCCCAGCAUUCCAGUGCUCCCCAGGCUCCCUCUCUUUGUGAUUGUGCUGUCCAGAGUGUCCAGCUUAUUCUUUCUUUCUCUGGUGGUGUGCAUUAGAUGUGAGGGCUAUGUUGACAUGGCAUCACCUCCAAAGACCUGACCUGCCUAAAGACUGAUGACAGGCCAUCCUUCCUGCUGUUCUAGGUACUGGCCUGGGUGACAGAGCAGGACAUGAGACAUAGAUACAGUGGGGUGGAGAAGUGGGGAAAGGUGGAGCAGAGAGUUCUUACUUAUUGAAGAUUAUACAGCCCUUUCAGUUAUGAAGUCCCUGCUUGGAGGCGAUGGACCUGGGGGAGAGACUAUAACAAAAAGUCUCCAUUUUCAUUUUACAUCUUCUCUAUUGGAGGCAGCAUUUUUCCCUCAUGCUGUCCUAUAGGACUCCACUUGGAAGGUUAAGCCUACGUUGCGGGGAACUAGGAACAUGGAGGGGAACAAACAACAGCAUCUUAGAAGAAAUGUAGCCAAAUUGGAAUCCAUUCUUCUUUAGGGCAGUAUAUGAAAUCCUAGCAGAUGUAAAAUGGAAAAGAAUCCUAAUGCUUCAUCCUUCUGAAAGUAGAGGAACUAGGGGCCCAAUUAGCAUCAUCUAGGGGAAUCUCUAUUACUCUGUACUUGUACUAAUGUUUACAAGAAUGCAAUAUACUGUGAUGCCUUCCUACUCAAGCCUCCUAGCAUUCAAACUUCCAUCCUAUUAGUCAUUAACAUGGUUAAACUUCAAUUCACAAUCACCUUGGAAUCAAUGUCAGUUUGAUUUAUUUUGUUACAGAGCAAUAAAAUCAUUAGAACAAUGGUUUUUAAAAGAUUUAAGUGGAUGCAUCCUAUGCAUGUAAGCAUUAUUUCCCAAACCAAAGCAUCAUUCAUCUCCAUUUAUUUCUUUUGUUCCCACUCAGUGUGAAGUUGGGAACUGAGAGGGGAUGGCUGCUGGUUUCACAGAAGUUUGGAUGCCUUACUCUUAUCUUAAAGCCAGCAUCCAGAAUUUCCUCCCUCUCUGAUGCCACAUGCAAAACCAGGUGUACAAUGUCAAGAUGGAUUCUUUGAGAGCCAGGGUAGAUCAUAUGACUGCCUUUCUGUAAAAUUGGAUGCCUAGUACAAAUGCUCUUUGCCUCUAAUUCAGUAUUCCAUUUAAUAAAAACAAUACAGUGGCUGGAAAGGAGCAUCAGAAA